AUGCCCAUAUUCACAUGCGUAGAUUUGUCGGACAAUGGAUUCCAUGGAGAAAUUCCUAAGGUAGUUAGAGAGCUUAGAUUGCUUCUUGCACUCAAUCUCUCUCAUAAUAGCCUGACUGGUCCUAUCCCACCGUCAUUUGGGAAUUUGGCAGCACUUGAAUCAUUAGAUCUCUCAUUUAAUAAGCUGAGUGGUAGAAUCCCUUCUCAAUUGACAAAUUUGACAUUUCUUGAAGUGUUAAGGUUUUGGUACAAUAAUCUUGUGGGGCCAUUCCCAAAGGCAAGCAAUUUGAUACAUUUGAAAAUGACUCUUUUCGAGGGAACUUGGGUUUGUGUGGAUUACCAUUGUCAAAGGAAUGUAGCAAUGAUGAAAGAUCACAACAAGCACAAGAUGAGGAAGAUAAUGGAAAUGGAAUAG